CGUCCAGGAAGUUUGUGUCCGUGCCAUUACCUUAGGGCCUUAGUUUCUAGGCCUUUGACCAUUUCCACUGAAAAGAGUAGCCACAAGUGUAAGGGCUGCAUAACUGCAAGUUUUCAAGGAUUUCAAUGGCAGAGUUGAACCCUCUCAGCAUAAUUUUGGUAGAAAAUGGCAGCAAGGGAGAUCGCCUUCUGUUCCGCUAUCCCUAUGCAGAUGAGCCAACUGCCCAGGUGACAAAAAGUUACCGGACCAAUCCAUAUGCCUUGGAUGUUACGGAGGAUUUGUUUGCUACGCGGACUCGGCACUCCUCCAACAUUAGCAAUCACAGGCUAGUCGGCUUCACAAAUAAGGUCCUGUCGAACCUCUGUGCUGUCCAAUCUCGGCUGGUCGGCCAGAAGUUCGAGGUCAAGGUCAAUGAUGUCCGCUUUGUGGGGCACCCAAUCUCCAUCCAGGCCGACCACCGACGUACCUCCAACGAAGAGAACAAGUCUACCAUCCACCUGUUCCACAUCGUCUUCGCGCUGUGGGCGAAGGCGAACCACUCUGUGGUCAACUGCUACCACGACCUGAGCCGACGCGUGGGCAUCGCCGUCUAUCACGAGGAGAAGCGGUGCCGCUACAUCACUAAGCAGGCUAAGAUAAUGUUAGCCGUGCACGACGACUACGCCUCCCAGCCGGAGUCGAGCCGGGUCGAGUCGCCGUUCAGCCUGGUGCUGAACGCCAGCCAUCUGGCCCGCGAGCUGAAGGCGGUCUACGACGGCCUGGUGCAGACCGGCACUGUCCAGCUGAGCAUCGGGGGCUGGAUCGAUGUCAACUUUUGCCUGCCGCAGAAGAUACACAAGCUGCACCUGGACGAGUGCACGGUCGAGCCGGAAGACAUCUAUCGGUGUCUAAGUCUGCUGAAGCCGUACCACACGCUGCUGCUGCUGGAGGACGAGCGCGACCUGCUGCCGUCGCUCAGCCCGGACGCGUCGCCGACGCUGCGCCGGCUGGUGCGCGUGGCCAACCCGGUGCGCAGCCUGCAGCACCUGGCCGCCGACGCCGACCUCACACUGCGGCACGUCUUUGAGCUGGUUAGUCAGCUGGUGUACUGGGCAAAGGCCACAAUCAUCUACCCACUGUGUGAGAAGAACGUGUACGUCAUAUCCCCGCACGCGCCCACCAACCUAACCUCCAAGCUGACGAGCGACUUCUCAGAGGAGUUUGCCGGCCAAAGCCUGCAUCAGGUGCUGGCCGAGUACUCGCUGCCGUCGACGCUAAGUCAGAAGGUCACGCCGAUCACAGCGCAGCAGCAGCAGCCGACCAAGGUGCAGGUGCUGGUGUGGCUGCUGCAGAGACGGCUGCUCAUGCAGCUGCACGUCUACGUCUUCUUCACGCCCGCCACGAGGCUUCCCAGCACCGCGCCGACCAGCCGGCAGUCGACGCCGGACAGCAUGACGACGACGGUCAACACGGCCUCGGACACGAGCUCAGUGGUGGACGGCGCCGUCCCCAUGAGUCCCGUGCCGCUGGAGCACAGGGCGGAUCUGCUGCUGAGCUCGCUCACCGAGCCGGAGCGCGAGGCCGUGCUCAAAGUACCGGCCGCCAAGGACGUCGAGAAGCUCCGGCUCUUCGCCAAGCUGCUACGCUACUUUAAUGGGAUGUACCACCUGGAGGAGAUCAUGUACAGGGAGAACCUGCGACGCUCACAGAUUCACCAGCUGCUAGAGGAGUUCCGCGACGUGCUUACCACGUGUCAGCGCGACGACGAGAUGUCCUUUCCAUCACCACGUUGA